AUGGGUGAUAAAUUCGACCCUGCUCUACACUAUGGGCACUUGGGGAAAAUCUUCUACUCCACAGAGACCGAAUCCUGGAGCUUCUCUCGAACGCUUAACCCAGGCCCAUCAAUCUCGUAUACAGGAGCGACAAAGACAGUGAUCGAAUCGCCCAAACACAAUCCCAGCAGCAAACUAUUCGGACCGUAUGGCCGACCACCCAAUCCGAAUUCGAUCCCAGAGGCACACCCGGAUUUAGGUGUACAUUGGUCCUCCAUUCGCAAAGAUUCCUCCCACAAUUUGCCGCUAUCUGAUUCACCCAUAUCAACGCUACUGGAUUUGGGAUUUGCGUCAGUUCUUGGAAUUGAGGGUUCCAGUCAUAUCCCAAUCGCAGCGGCUGUGACUGGAGAGUGUAGGAACGUCAUCUCACUACGUGUGGUAGUUGAGGAUACCGUGGAGCUGCCACUUGAGGAGUCUACAGUACUUGUACCAUCCAUUGGUAAUGAAGAAACCACCGAAUGGUCAACACAAGGAGCUCAGAUCCAGCAAAUUUGCUUUUCGCGACCCUUCGAGGAUGACGACCAAGCUACUUACAUGGCUGCUCGCCUCCUAGAGUCGACCGCAGUCUUUCGGCCUCUAUAUCACCACAACCCAGGACAUAUGCAACUUCGUCAUGAUGACCCCGCGAUGAUCCCCUCUUCUUUACGAAACUCUCGCCUAGACGCGAACCCCGUCACCGAGAUAUCGAACUCGGAUACUGGCGGUUUCCCGCAUGCUGAUGUAGCAUUCAACCCUUGGUACCAGAAACAGUUAGCUAUCAUUGACACCAUGGGCAACUGGAGCAUUUGGGAAAUAAAAACCCGUCGUAAACGACGAACAGCGGAUGGUUUUGCACGACUCUGCCACAAAGGCUCGCUGUCAACACCUGAUCAAAUGAAUGCCGAUGGAUCUGAGGACGAUGGCUGGGGAUCCAUUCAAUAUGUGGAUUUCUCGACAAUAUUGGUUGCUAAUCGAAAAUCUGUCAUGCUUUUCCAGAUAGAGGGAGAGAAUGUUCGAUCCCGCGCCAUCCAGUUGAGGAUGGGUCGUCAACCGGAAUGGGUCAUAGACGUGAAGAAGAACAUUCAAAACCUUUCACAGUUCUUUAUUCUCACAUCAUAUCGGCUGCUGCAUUUUGAUUUGAAAACUGCAACUCUAGAUGAAGAUGGCCAGAAGCUACCUCUAGAAUCAUCCCUGGUCAGGCGUCAUUUUCGAGAUGCUAAUGACACAACUUUGAUGCUCAGUGAUCUAUUAAUCAGAGACAAUUUGUAUCUCGCCUUGUACUCCCGAGUCACGGAGCUUCUACAAAUAUUCCCGUGUCCCUUGGUUAAUGACCCUGAAACGGAGCCAUUCGUUGGUCCAGAUGCUUUCUACUUGCAUCUGCAAUCAGCACUAAAGGACUCUCUUAAUAAACGGUUCCGUUGCAUGACCUUGUUGUUCAAAGAAGUCGAUCAUUCUCCUGCACCUGGAACAACCCUUCACAAUCCGGAUAUGAGUCUCAUCAAGCUUUUCUGGAUAGAUUCAUCACUCGCCGUACAUGAAACACUUUUUAAGGGCUUACGUCAGAGCUUGCAAGAAGAGCAGGACACAGGCAUGGAAAUUGAAAAUGGCUUGAAGGACCGUCAUAUCCUUCGCGCGAGUGAACACCAUCUCAAUAUACCAAGCCAUGAAGUUGACGUUGAUUUCGUGGUGAACGACUGGGAUGAGUCUACAAGGACUCCCCGAGUUAUGGAACAAUCAACCGAUCUUACAUCUACCUACGAAGACUUGGAAUGGACUUUGAACUGGACUCCCAUCUAUCAACUUGCCUUGGAGGAUAUCGCUGGCUGUGCUGCUCAAGCAGAAUUAGAGCGGUCUCGGCCGACUUUUGAUCACAUCAUUGGAAACCUAGAAAGCGAAAUAAUUGGCGGUGUUGAAAACUGGCAUACCAGUCAAUCAAUGCUUGAGAUUACCGGUGGUCGACCAGUAUCAAAUGAUAUUGAUCAAAAUGCGUACGACUUGAAGCGCCUCGUGUCAACUGUCCUUCAAGAGACUCAAGAUCCUGAAAUUGAUCACCCUUUCAUGAUUCUGCCACUGCAAUUUUCCAAGAUGUUCCCAGGCAUGCCAGUGGUUUCGCAAGAGAAACAGUCAAGUCUGGAUUUCUUGGAGACUUAUGACCGACUUGUUGAACUGUGGCUCGCCAACAUCCCACAUGACAUACCCAAUCCAACUCGUCGGAUGAAGGAGAGAAUCAUUCGUGGUAUCGCCCUCGAUAUUCUCUUGGCAAGAUUAAUUCGAAUUUCCAAAGAGCGCAAGGUCGUUGAACCAUCGCAGCCAGAUGGGUCCACCAGUGCUACCUUAGCUGGUUCUGCCUUGCCUGAAGCAAAAGGACCAGCAUCCUCACAACUUCCAUCGAGCCAAAUAACAGCAUUUUAUGAUGGAAGCUCCCAGCCAGCUCCAGAAGAGGAGAGAUCAUCUACAGCAGCCUACAGUAGUCUCUCUGCAUUCACUACUUUCAAAAAACCCCCUCGUCCCUUGCCUCGAAAUAUCACCAACAUGCUGUCCCAAUGGGAGGUGGGGACUGAUCCCUCGGCCUACAAAUGGCGAAAAGUCUCUUCGGCCGAGGAGGCUCAGGAACUAUCCCGACGUCGUAAGAAGCGAUUACAGCGAUCACAGUUAUCACAGUUAUCGUCACAACUGUCGCAGCAAACCCCCACUAUCACCGCAUCACCCCUCCCACCCACACCCAGCGCCCCUUCCAUUCGAACCUGGGGUAGUCAGCCUGAUCAACGCUUACCAUUGGCAAGCAGUCAGCCCUCGAUCGGGGAUUUCCCCAUGAGCCAGAUCGAACGAGGACUAUUUGGGACACGGGAAGUGAGAAAGAGCCUCAAGGUUAAGAAGAAGAGGAAGGGAGGUUUCUAG